CGUACUGUUACCAUUUUCAUCAUUACAAAGUGAUACAGUCUAUGCACUAACUAUGUUUUAUAUAUGUUCUAGCAGUGAAAUGAUGAUUAUUUGCAUACUAAUUAAUUGACAAUGUUUUCUGUAUUCUGCAUAUUUUGGGCCAAACACAAGCAGAAAGAUUUUGCAAACUAAAAAUGUUGAACGGAUUGAAGACGAAAAGCAGGACCAGCCCAUAUGUUCACCUAGAUUACAUUAUCAAUCUUCUAGAGAUUAAGCCGUGGCCUCCAUCCAAGUCACUGAGAUCUCUUCGGUCUGUAUUAAUACAAUGGGAACACGGUAACAAGAGUUCAGGGUCUACUAAAGCAGUUGUUCCGUCGAAUAGUUUUGGUUUGGGUACUGAUGAUGGUAAAAUUGAAUUUAAUGAAUCUUUUAGACUUCAUGUAACAUUGUCAAGAGACAUGUCAGUCAAGUCCGCAGAGUAUGAUACAUUUGUAAAGAAUUGCAUAGAGUUUAAUCUGUAUGAACCACGAAGGGAUAAAACCGUAAAAGGGCAGUUGUUGGCUACUGCAGUUAUAGACUUUGCAGAGUAUGGUAUUGUUCAAGAGUGUUUGAUGAUCAGUGUACCUAUGAAUUGCAAAAGGACUUUUGGUAAGACGGCUCAACCUAUGCUCUUUGUUAAAAUGCAAGUGGCUGAGAAAAAUAAUCUUGCAAGGUCUUCAUCGACUAUAGAGAGUUUAUUCAGAGAAGAAUCAUUGGAGAAGAACCACUCUGAAUCUGUUUCCGCAUUGAUGGAUGAAGAGUAUGCUGAGGAAGCCGAGACUGUAUCUAUGACAGAUGAUGACGACGUUUCCUCUCAGUCUUCUAUCGUUGCAGGUUUAUCGCUGUUUGGAUCCAAUGGAAGUUUAACUCCCCCAAGAGAGAAUAUGUCUGAAGCUAUAUGUGGAAGACCGGGAAAGGUUAAUGAUCAAGAAAUCUCGGUUCGAGAUAAAAGGGCUGCUUAUGAAGAACGUAUAUCAUCAUCAAAAGAUUUGUAUUCCGAGAUAGAAAAUGCUCGUACCACUUUAUCAAAUCUCCGUAACUCAAGAUUCACGAUGCUCUCACAAAAUGCUGAAUCUCAUAGCAUGAAACUCUUAAAGUCAUCUAUCGAUAGUAAUGGAACAGACGAACAGUCUUUUACACAAUCCAAAAAGUUGGAUGCAAGUCAUACUGGUCAAGAAAGUCAAAUAAUUAAAGAUAAUGGACGUGAUACCGAUAGGUUAGACAAUGUGAAGUCUGUCAGUUCUUCGUUGGAUGCAAUAAAUAACAUCGGAUCUAUAAGGACAAGUAAUGUAAUAGCAAACAACGGAUCUUUAAGGACAAGUAAAAUUUUAGAGAAAUUUAAAAAUGCUAGUGUUCAAGAACAGAAAAGUCUAAGAAAAGACGUAAGCAAGGUACAAGACUUGGAAAGGAGAGUACAAGCUCUUGAAGGUGAACUGACAGAAGCUGCAGCUAUAGAAGUUGGUCUAUACUCAAUAGUACCUGAGCAUGGGAGUUCAAUCAAUAAAGUCCAUUCUCCUGCAAGGCGUCUCUCCAGGCUGUACCUUCAUGCAUGUAAAGAGAACUCAUUAAGGAGAGCUAGUUCGGCGAAAAGUAUAGUGUCAGGUCUGAUUUUGGUUGUAAAGGCUUGUGGAAGCGAUGUUCCAAGGCUGACUUUCUGGUUGUCAAAUUCUGUUGUACUAAGAGCAAUAUUAUACAAGUCUUUAAAUGGGAGUGAAGGUGAGGACCCUCAUAUGGUCAUUUCCGCUCUUGAAAAAGUUGAAUCUUGGAUCUUCUCGCGCAUUAUUGAGUCCAUCUGGUGGCAGACAUUUGCCCCUUAUAUGCAUUCCGCUGCUGCAAAGGGAAUUGCUAGAGUUGUAGAGUCAGAAUCUAAUAAACAUCGUCAAACACCUGAUUCACUUGAUCACGAGCAAAUGAACACUUCAUUAGAGCUUUGGAAAACGGCUUUCAUGGAUGCUUGUGAAAGAAUCUGUCCGGUUCGAUCUACAGGACAUAGUUGUGGUUGCUUGAGUGUGCUGUCUAUGUUGAUAAUGGAGCAAUGCGUGGGUAGAUUAGAUGUAGCCAUGUUCAAUGCCAUUCUUCGUGAACCAGAAGAUGAGGUUCCAACAGACCCUUUAUCAGAUCCCAUCAGUGAUUCCCGUGUUCUUCCUAUUCCUUCAGGGAAAGCGAGCUUUGGAGCCGGUGCACAACUGAAAAAGACGAUCGGAAACUGGUCUAGUUGGUUAACCGAUCUCUUCGGCUCACCAAUCACUUUUCAUCUCCUUACUUCACUGAGUGAGCUCAUGAUGCUUCCAAAGGAUAUGCUCUUAAGCAAUACGAUCCGAAAAGAGGUAUGUCCUACUAUUGGUAUACCAUUAAUAAAGAGGAUUGUUGAUAGUUUCGUCCCGGAUGAGUUUUGCCCCGACCCGAUACCUGAGGUGGUGCUAGAAAUACUGUAUUCAGAGGAUUUGAUCGAGAGUAGUGAAGAUUGUGUCAGAAGUCUUCCAUGUGCAGCAACUCCUACUGUAUAUCACCCUCCUUCUGCAUCUUUGAUAGGAUGCAUCUUAGGAGAUGAUGGAAGCCAGGCUAGAUUGUCACGCAGCGGAUCAUUGACCUUAAGAAAGUCAAAUACAAGUGAUGAUGAGCUUGAUGAACUGGAUUUACCUUUGACUUCUAUCAUUGACUCUCCCAGGACAGUAACCUCUUCAACUAAGCACAUGUGGACAUUAAAAGAUAUUGAUAGUUGCAAUACUGUUAGGUAUCGACUCCUUAGACAAGUAUGGUUGAAUUGUGAUUAAUGAUCAUGUUCAACCUUUUAUUAAGUUUUACUGAUGAAAUUUAAGAUGCCCUGUAGACACCGGAAAUCAUAUCAGUUAAUCUGCUAUUCAAUUGCUGUUUUCCUGGCCUCUGUGGCUUUCUAUGAA